AUGUUUCAGAUUGCCAACGCGGCAAAAAUAGUUCAAAACGCCCACUUCUUAUCAACAAUUCCAACAAAUCAACAGCUGCUCAACAACAACCAACGAUUAAUCACUUAUAAUAUGCGCAAUGCUACAAUUGUUGUGAUAGGUGAUAUAGGUCAUAGUCCACGUACGUGUAAUCAUGCCUUUUCACUUGCCUCGCAUGGAUUAAAAGUAAAUAUUGUUGGCUAUUUAAAUUCAAAACCUCAUCCAAAGAUUAUUAAUCAUGAAAAUAUCAGGUUAAUUUUUAUUCUUUUUUUAAUCCCUUUAAUUUUAGAAUUUCCCCAAUUUCACAACCUCCUUCAUUUUUAUCAAACAAUAAUCAAAUUCUACGUUUCCUGUUAUUACCUUUAAAAUUCAUUUGGAUAUUUUUUAUUCUUGGAAUUGCUUUAAUAAGAAUUUGUAAAAAUGAUGGGAAGGAUAAAAACAAUCUACUCCUCCUCCAAAACCCUCCUGGAAUUCCAACAAUUUUUGUUUGCUAUAUUGUUGCCAAACUUAAAGGAAUGUUUUUUCUAAUUGAUUGGCAUAAUUAUACUUUUUCAAUGUUUGGUAAAUCCAGGUUUUUUUAUAUUUCUAGAGAUCGGCCUAGAUAUGGAUC